AUGGAACUCCAUCAUACGUUUGAUUUCGUGGAGGGAGUACGAACUGCACCAAUAGCACCCGGUAAUGUCAUCUCCAUCUUCAUGGCGACAAAUGUGCCCGAAAUGUUAAUUUCUUUUCUAGAAAUCAAACAAUUUUACCCAGCAAGUGAUGAGUACUUUAGUUAUCAUGACUAUGAUAUUAAAGAUGUCACAAAGACACUGAAUGAUCUCCAAUCCUACAUCGAUGAGGAAGGUCCCUUUGAUGGAGCAAUUGGGUUCUCACAAGGCGCGGGACUGAUAGCCACAUAUCUAUUAAAGUGGAGACUUGAGCGGCAGGGUGACCCGUUUCCUUUCAAAUGCGCAAUAUUCUUUGCGGGUGCCAGCCCAAUUGAUGUCACUUCCUUGGCUGCAGGAGAGCUGAAGUACGUUGAUGCGCAGUCAAGCCAUGAUUCACUGAUCUCCUUGCCGACUGCGCAUAUAUGGGGUGCUAAUGAUCCUCUGCACGAGGAUGCUGAACGAUUACUAUCGAUAUGCGACAAGACUAGGCGCAAUGUGUAUUUACACAGUCAGGGGCAUGAGAUUCCAAGCCCAAAGGCAAAGGAGGAUGUACAGGGUUGUGUCCGAGUAAUUAGAAGGACCAUUGAAAAUGCCGAAUUGAGUGUGUGA